AGCUUGCCAUCAGGGGCGGAUCUAGCCAUUUUGGGGCCCUAGGCAAAAUAUAAACAAGGGGCCCUCAUUCUUAAAACACACACAUAAACCAAAUAACUAGAGCUGGAACGAUCGAUCGGCAGUGUAUCGGUAUCGGCCGAUUUUCUUCUGAUUUUAGCCGAUCUGAUUCAGGAGUUUAGGGUUAAGCAGUAAGGCAGUGCUGUGUGUGGAUAAAACUGGUGAGACCGGUGAACCUGCUCGCUUACAGGAAGCUGCAGUUCCUCAUCCAACCACUAGCUGCAGCAGCACAAGCCCCGCUGUCUUUACUCAGUCAGAGCUACAGCCACGGGCUACAGAGACAGCUCAACCAGUCUGGAGCGUUUUUUAGUUCAUCUGUGUAGGAAAUAAAGGUUUUAACCCCACUAAACGGAUAAUACAGCUCUCUACAGUUCAUCUUUCAGCCCAAGCAGCUAACAGCAGCAGUUUAGAGCAGCCGUCACAGAGUCACUGCUCGGAUUACAUUAAAAACAGGUCAGUUAGCGCGCUGCUAACCUCAUGAUGUUUAUAACUACGGAGUUUAGUGGGAAGCCAGGUAAGACUGUUGAAGGCUACUGAAGACUAUUAAAGGCUAUUGGAGGUUAUUGAAAGGGUAUUGGGGGCAGAAAUCAGUAAAGGCUGGUUAGAUAAGUGUUUCACAUCCUCGUCCUUUGCUGCCGUGAAACUGUGAAUAGCGCUGUCACAGUGAUAUUUAUUAACGUCAUUAAAACAGAUUUUGUCAGGUAUUGUCUUAUAAAUAUUUACACAUAACUUAUAUCUCUUCUAAAAAGCGUUUAUUUUGGUCAGUAACACUCUUGUGUGUAUUUACUAGCAGCGUAAAUUACCAGUGUUUGCCUAGGCGUGGAUGUAAUUAGGGGAAUCUGUACCAGGUUUGUCUGGUACCUGUGUGGCAUUAAUGUGGCAUUUGGCCCCGCCCAAUAUCGGUAUUGGCGAUCGGCCGAUCGUGGUGAAAGACGGCCACCAAAAACACUGAUCGGUCCAGGAGGUGUAAAAAAGGAGGUCAAUUUUGGCAGUGCAUCUGCGAUUCUUUUGCUCUCUGCCCGUUUCUUUCGUUUAGCAGAACCACUUUCAUAACUCCGCUUCAUUUUCAUUGUAACAGCUCUCACUGUAGUCGCAUACAGUUCCCGCUGUUUUGGUUUGAAGUCACGUCGUGUUGCACAUUGCUACGUCAUCAUAUUAUGGACUAGUUCAAUGCAAGCAACGGAGGGGGGUAUGUGUGUUUGGACAAUUAGUAUUUAGACAUUAAUUCGGUAUUCUACUGAUAUUUCUGUUUUUUUUUAUAGAAAUAUUUUUUUUCUUUACUUUACAUAAGUAACAAAUUAACAUUGUUUUUGGUGUAUUUACUGUAGCUGGGAUGGUCAGAUUUGGGGGCCCCUAUGGGGGACAGAUUUGGUCGAGGCCCUAGGCAAAUGCCUAGGUUUGCCUAAUUAAAGAACGGCCUCUGCUUGCCAUAACAGGGCAAAUGCAUGCAUGGCAAGUGAAAAUAAACUGUGAUUAAGCUGUAAAAUCUGAUUUCUCUGUUUAUAUCAGAUAAAAAUCAAAAGAUUUAAACAUCUUAAGUCAUUUUUUAUAAGCUAGGAGGGCCAAAAGGUGUAGUACUCUGAUAUAUUCUGUGAUGACUCAGGUGAGAUGAAUGGCAAUCCAUGUGGUGCAUCACAAACAAAUCCGUCUAAGAACGCUGCAAUGGAAAAUGCAUCUACAAUCUGACCUAAGACCUAAGUACAUACAGUAUAUUCCCCUUCACCAGAUGCCUUGGUACAUCAUAAAAUGCUGACCUGUUCAUAAUGUCUUUGCAGGAACGUGAACUAAUCCAAGCUCCUUACAGUGAAAGGGAUUAUAAGGAGUGUAAAACAGCGGGCGGGAGAGCGAGUCUGGAGAGCACACGGGGGUGAGUGCUUUCAGGGAUGAGUAAACACAAAUAGCCUGGCCAAUGACUGCAAGGCUUGGGAGAAACCUAAGGUAAGCUGUACAAGUUCGGGCUGUUCUGCUCGAGACAAAUCUACCAAAACGAACCAGGAGCAUAGCAGCUUAUGCACUCUGCAGGGACCAAAGCAUAGUGUGAUCUGUAGUGUGCAUUGCAUUAUUAAUAGUAUCCAUUUGAACAGAUAAAUUAUAAGCAUCACAUUUUUACACAGCUGCAAAAUCAAAUUUCAGGAGCUCCGGAUCCAAGCGAAAGUCCAGAAGAAGCCAACUGAGGGAGCGGGGGACCAGCAGAAGGUUCAGGCAAAGAAUCCAGGGGACCAUGAGGAUGGCAAGACGAGCCAGCACAGGGACGGUUCCCUCAUUUCUACAGCAGUUGGUCAGGGAGACUGAAAAGAUGGUGACUUUCUUCUUUAAGGGAGGCCAGAGGGAAAAGAGGGACGGUGAGGACUCUGAAUCCGAGGAUGAAAGCGAUGAUGUAGAGGAGAUCAUCAGCCCAUACCUGGAGAGGCCUGUCCUGCAGAAAGGGACGGCAGAGGGGGACUCGAAGUACGGUGUAAGCUACGCCAUGGCCAGCAUGCAGGGCUGGCGUGCCCAGAUGGAGGACACACAUACCUGCAUGCCUGAGAUGUCUGAGGGGCACCCAGACUGGAGCUACUUUGCAGUGUUUGAUGGACAUGCAGGAACCACCGUGGCUCAGUACUGCUCCACACAUCUGCUGGAUCAUAUACUGGCUACAGGGGCCAUAACUGCAGAAGAGAAUAUGGAGCAGGUGAAGGAAGGCAUCCGGGAUGGCUUCUUGGCUAUUGACCGCCACAUGCACAACCUGUCCCAGAGCGAAGGCUGGGAUCGAAGUGGCUCCACGGCGGCUUCCGUCAUUAUCUCCCCGAACAACAUCUACUUCAUCAACUGUGGCGACUCCCGGACCUUCCUGUGCCGCGACAGCCAGGUGGUCUUCCACACAGAGGACCACAAGCCCUGCAACCCUCGGGAGAAGGAGCGCAUCCAGAACGCGGGAGGGUCGGUCACGCUGCAGCGGGUCAAUGGCUCCCUGGCUGUGUCCCGAGCCCUUGGGGACUUCGCCUUCAAGGAGGUGGAGUGGAGGACGCAGACGGAGCAGCUGGUGUCUCCGGAGCCGGAGGUGUACGAGCUGGAGCGUUCCCCGCAGGACGAGUUCCUGGUGGUGGCCUGCGAUGGGGUUUGGGAUGCUAUCAGUAAUGAAGAGCUGUGUGCGUUUGUGCGGAACCGUCUGCAGGUCUGUGAUGAUCUGAGGGAUGUCUGCACUCAGGUCAUAGACCUCUGCCUCUAUAAGGGAAGCCUGGACAACAUGAGCAUCAUCAUCAUCUGCUUCAGUGGCGCCCCCCAGGUCACUCCUGAGGCACUGCAACAAGAGGCGGACCUCGAACGUCGUCUAGAUCUCAAAGUAGAUGAAAUCAUUCAGGUGAUCAGGUCUAAGGGUGAGGAUCCUGAUCUGCUGUAUGUGAUGAAGUUUCUGGCCUCAGAGAAUGUCCCUGGACUUCCACCAGGGGGAGGCGUCACAAGCAAGAGAGACUGCGUAAUUGCUGCGUAUCAGAAGUAUGCAGCAGCCUGCAGAACUGUUGAGCCCAUGGAUAUUGGUGGCUCAGAGGAUUCCAACUGAAAGAGUACCACCAGAAAACGGUACUGAACCCGGACUGGACUGAAGAUAAGGGACAGCGAGUGCCUGACAAGAGCUGCCAUCUGCAGUUAACUGCUCUUUUUUACUGUAAUAAUGUAAACAAUAGAAAGGUAGGUGGAGUUAAAGACAUCAUGGGAACAUAGUCUCUGUCAAGUCCAAAAAAAGAGACUCUAAAGGACUGUGAAAUGAAAAUAAUGAUAAAAAAUAUAUUUAUUUUGUUUUGUUUGUCAUAAAAUGGCAAAUUUUCUGUGGGUGAUUUUGUUUUUGUAUAUUUUUAACUGCAAUAAUAUUAAUUUCAUACAAUGCCUAUUAAAUGAUCAUAAAUUAUUGACGAAUAUACUUGUAGCUGGCAUUUUAUAAAAAGGAAGCUGCUAUCAGCAGUUUAUGCAUCAAGGGUAGGGGGAUCAUUUGUUGUAUUUGACUCUUUUUGAAAGAGCUGCCUUGCUGAGGAUCUAACAGGUAGUUAUUUCAGAGGCCUGCUGCUACUGAAGUGUCAGUUAUGGUAGAGAAUCUGCAGUUAAAAGAAAAGAGAAACAGAAAGCAUAGAUGAUGUGUUUUGGGGACUGGGGACUGCUCUAAAGUGUGUUCUCAUAGAACAUGUGCCUGCCAAUCAAACAUGACCUCAGUUAAGAGGCUAAAUACAACAAAAAAUGCUGCCCAGUUUCUUGAUUUAUUCAUCUUAAAAGCUGUACCUCCAAUCAGUAUGUUUAUAGGCAUUUUGUUACUCCAGAGCCAUUAAACCUGAGCGCAGAGAAAAUAUUUCUAAACAAAGUAGAACAAAAUCUCUUUAUGUACAAAUACUUUCUAUGUCUAUGUACUUUGUUAUGUAUGUCAACUUUUGCUAAUGCAUAUUAAGCUUGUAGUGUAUUGAACGAUUGACAAAAAGCAAAAAUGUAUUGUUAAUAAAAUAACUUUUUUCUGUGGUGAAACGCUCAUGCUUUCAUAGAUUUUGUUUUAUUAAAUGAUAGAAACUUAUAGGCCAUCCACCCAUUCAUUUAUAGUCUCAAGCUAAUGCUGCUAAUGUUGUUUUAUACUAUAAACUACUGACAUGUCUACAAAAUAAAAUAAAAAAAUUGUCAUGUAGAGC